UUUGAAAACUGGGGUUCAGAUCUUUGAAGGGACGUUUGCAUUCACCAGGGCGAUGGCGAGGCAUCAAGUUGAUUUGUUCUCGGCAGCUGUGGCAUUGAACCUGAGGUUGCAGUGCUACUUCUCUUCAUCUGAGGAGAUGACAAGGAAGAUUAUUCUGCGUCUCAUUGUCAAUGCUGCACGUGUCAUGCCAGACACACAGCACAAAGACUGGCAAAAGGAUGGAACUUCCGGAGAGGCUGGGGGGAUCCCAACAUCAACAGAUUCAACACCCAGUUUUCAGAUUCAGAGAACAAAGCGGGGAUUUCCUCCAAUGCCAGAGGUGGAGACUCUCCCAGAGACCCUGCUGGUAACCUUCCCAUGGUUUAAUCCUUUAAGUGCCCAUGCAGUCCUGUCCUCAGCCCCCUCACUGAUGGAAUUCUUCAACUACAGUUUCCAGCAGCAAAGAGAUCUGGUUGCUCCAUUUGGCGUUCCAGAGCGAGCGCUUGCAGCUCUGCAAUCGAUCUGCAAUCUUGACUUGAAGGUCACCGGCAAGCUUCAUACUCUUGGAGAGGCCGUCUUUCCAGAUGUCAUUGGGAGAUGUGAUGCAGGACCUGCUCUUACCACUGAGCCAUGUGAACCGGGGUCAUCUUAUCGUCAUCACAACGUCGUCAACACGGAAAACCAUGGGCGAAGUAUCCUUCCACUCCCAGUUGCUCAAGUGGAUCACUCGUUAGACAGGCCAUGUUAUCGGACGAUUGGAGAAGGGCCCCUACCGCCUAUCCGUGAUGCAUCUAGCAAGUAUAAUGACCAUGCUAGCGAUCAAGCUGCCUUCACUGUUUCACCUGAUGUCCCAGUCUGGCAAGGUCUUGCUAAGGAGUCUAAGAAUGCUGGCUAUGAGCAUGCCUGUCUUCUUAAGCAGGUUGACGUCAAGCAUUGCCCUCGGGUUGAGAAAUUUCAGCAGAAUAUGUCUCAGCCUGAUCCUUAUGUGCUGCACCAGGACACCACAAUUACUCACGAUGGGCGAUUCUCAUCGUGUGGAGGCUCUCCGCAUCCGCACCUCUGUCAUGAGAAUCAUCAUGUUGGGCAGUAUGCGGAAGUGGCCCAUCACGUCAACUCUUCUCGAGCGGGUAUGCCUAUCGUGCGUACUGCCUGGCAUGAUCAACAAGCAAACCACAAAGAGGCUAUGUGCUCUAAGAUGGGUAAUGCCAUGGAAGCAGACACUUUGCAGCAUGCAGAUGCCACAAUGCCUGCAUGGUCUCAAAGGCUCGACAGCAGGAAUGUUCAUUCCGCCAUGUUACACCCUGAGCAUCAUGAGCAUAGAAGUUCAAACAGAGGCAAUGGGUGUGUUCGAGACAGCGACUGGCAGUUGCGGGGAUCUCGGUCUGCAGCAAUGUCGAAUCCCGGUUUGCAAUCCUUCCACCAUGCAAUGUGCACAGCACCAGAGCCGAUACAAUCUGACGGAAGGAGGCUUAGCGAAACAAUGCCACAUGGACACAUGGGACCAGGGGAAACUCCUUUAUCAAGAUCCAGAAAUACGGCUACGGGUGCUACCUGUGUCCCCGCACCAGUCCAAAGAACACCCUCGUACCAUAAUUAUGGCAUCGUAAGACCUUCUGUGAGUGGACAACGCAGCGACUUACCUGGCACGAUCAAUCAGCAAACCCGAUGUCAGCAACAUGAACAUCCAAAUAUGGGUGCUGCAAACUCCAGUGAGGCCUGCCCAGACUGUCGGGCCUCUGCUUGCUAUUGUGUUGCCUAUUCUUAUAGCAAUCCCUAUUCAAAAUCGAUGGCGUGCCAUCGUCCCAAUGACAACUACAGAGCCAAUCCUUCCUGCCAUUGCUGUUUUCUCCAAAACAACAUACGCAAAGCAUCCCCUUUCGGGGCAUCAAAGUGUGAUGGUGAUAAUGGGGAUGGGAACCCUGGAUUGCAGUGCUGUGGAGGAGAAGGCUUGGACCCUUGCUGCCAUCCUCGUUCCCGAUUCCGAGGAGGAGACGAAAGAGGGGCAGAAACCAGAGAAAGAGAUGGCAUGUUUCCCUCUUCUCAUCGGGCGGAUAGAUGUGGGGGAUCAUUGUUCCCCAACAAUCUGUCUCAUAGCACUUACGCUGUCAAUGAUGACAGCGUUGACCUUAGUGUUGGUAACAUGGAGAGGAAGAAGCCUGCCUUCUGCUGCCCAAAAUUUUCGAGCCCACAUUAUUUAGGUCAUAGGGCUGACAAAAAGGCUAUGAAUGUCCACCAUGCCCCCUUUUAUCCAUCGGCAACUGGGAUGGCAGAGGAUGGAAGGAAGAACAGCAACUCCAGGCCCUCUGAUUGGCACUGUCGGCUGGAUGACGCCCAAGUGAAGGAGAGUGAUCAGGGCAAGUGCGAUCCUGUGACUUGUGAUGGUAUGGUUGAUGUGCAUCAAGGGCAGAGAAUUCCAAACUUCUGGCCUGGCCUCCGGGAGGACCUCUUGGAAACUUUUUGUGAGGGUACUGCCAGUCAUGUGAACAAUCAGGUCCCUAUCACGCAAGGUCACAGAAUCUUUGGCCAGAUGAAUCAGCCAGAUGAGUGUUUGGUGAACAGGAAUGCUGCCGAGUUACGUGAUCGACGAAACCCAGACAACCAUUUCUGUGGAAGUGGGCAUGAUGGUCUCCAUAAGAGCCCUGUACGAAUCUUUAAUAAGAGGAAUCAGGAUGAUUGUUUGGGACGAGAACCGGCUGCGGAGGAGAGUCCUUUGGGAAUGACCAGAGUUCAGAAGGGUGUGGAAUCAAUGGAUAAUCAUCUGCGCAUUUGGAGCAACCAAGGCCUUACUAAGAGACCGAUAUGCACCGUCUAUGAGGGUCCUUAUCGAGCAAGCAAACUGCGAAAGGAUGAUAGUGAUGGUUCAGAACGGAGGGGCUUGCAAUCAGAUGAUGAGGAUCUGGAGUUGCCAAGUCGCAUUUAUAAUGCCGCCUCCGACGCGGACAGUCAAACACGCAGAAGGACAGAUGAAUUCUGUAAUCCCAGGAUCCUUUCUCCCGUUCGUAUGUAUCUCCGCAACGAUAAAGACAACUGUAACAACGGUGUACAUGCAUCGGGCACCUCCUUUGCUGAUGAUCAACAGUGUCUGCAAUUGCCGAGAGAUGGCAUGUUGGCGGACAGAGACGAUGGACGGUCUGUUGGGAUGGUGAGGAGCAGUGCCGACAUUGGUCUCUCAGCAAGUGAUUUCGAUCCACUGUGCGACAUUCCGGCUCCGCGUGCUUCUGGAGGCCUGGGAAUCUCAAGGACAAAGAGGAAGCUGGAGCCGAUUGGCCAAAGGGUUGAUUAUGGUGAUGAAAAAAGGGGCCAUCGUUUUGGCCUUUUUGGACUUGAAGGAGAGGCAGAGGGAAGAAGUGAUGUGGAUGGAAGACGUGCCCAGGGAUUGCUCGAUAGCAUUUACAUGAAGGAUGGCAGUGAGCGUCCUGUAAAGCGAACAGUAGAUGAAACAACGUCACCGAGACGAUCUCCGAUCACACUCAACUCCCUUGAAACUCGAACGGUAGAUGAAACAAUGUUUCCGAGGAGAUCUGCGAUGAAGUUUCAGUCCCUUGAAACUACAUGGCACACAGAUGUUGACUCAGACAAUGAGAAGAGAGCUGAAGCAGUGAGAGCGAGGUCGCAAAAGAGACAGCGCACUUGGGGCUUAGGAGGGGAAAUUACAGGCGGUGCACUCUUUCCGUCGAAGGAGGAAAAGGAGUUCUCAGGGUUAAGAAUUCCAUCACGAAGGCCGUUGAUGUGUCCCACUCCUGAUGACAAGAAGGCAAACCAGGUACUAUUUCAACACAUUUUGUCGAUGAAGAGUUGGAUUUCCUUUCCUGUGUGCUUGGGUUGCGGCCCUUGUUUUGAGGAUUGGAAAAUCUUCUGAAAAGCUUGAAAUAAGCCAUAACUACCCCUGUGCUUAUCCCUGGGUUCUCUGCAUUCAGCAGAGGGCUCUGUCACCAGGCUUGCAUGGAUUCUUGGCGUCGAUUCGUGUUAUAGCAUGUUUUGCAAUU